AUGGAAGAGCCUAAGAAUAUACAUCCUGCUGCUUUAUAUACAAAAGGAUGUCGUUUGGCUCAUCCGACUCAUCCUCACACCCUUUCCCCUAAACUCAGCAAAAACACUAAGUCCAAUUGCUUUACAUGCGGGAAGCAAGUAUCCACUUCUUCUCGGGGUUUCCAUUACCACUGCACCAUCUGCGAUGUGGAUUUCCACGAAGAAUGUGUUAAUAUUCCUAGAAAAAUAUUACAUCCUUUUCACCUCCAACAUCCUCUCUUUUUAACCUAUGGAAAGCAUGACAAUAUCAUCGACGGCAGCAAUAUGAGCGAACAAGGCCCUUAUGAAGACCAAGGCACAUCGGAUCCUGGUAAGUCUGGAUGGGGUAACAUAUUUGAUAACUGCACUUGGUGUGGGAAAUACAUACCAACACCAAGUUCACAUCCAAGAAUGACAGUUUUCUAUCGGUGUUCUAUUUGUAACUUUUGUUUGGAUACUAUGUGCACACAAACCAAACCCCCUCUUACUAUUGAAAACCCAAAAGGCCAUCACCAUUCACUCGUCCUUUUCCCUCGUCCACUCUUAGUUCCUUGUGAUGCUUGUGGUUUGGUCAAUGCGUCGGAAGCAAGUUAUGCUUGUUUCCAAUGUAAUUAUGUGGUACAUCAAUAUUGUGUUGAUUUACCACGCGUCAUAAAGAUCACACGUCAUCCUCAUCGUCUCUCUUUUUCUCCUUACCUUCCACCCCCAAAUUCGUUAUGCCGGGUCUGCUACAAGACAGUUGACAUUAAAUAUGGUCAAUAUUCUUGUAAAGACGAGGAUUGCUCUUACGUACUUCAUACCAAAUGUGCAACACAUGUAAUGGUAUGGGAUGGAAAAGAACUCGAAUGGGAACCCGAAGAACCUGGUGUAAUUGAAGAUAUUGCACCAUUCAAGAAUGUAGGUGAUGGUUUGAUAGAACAUUUUAGUCAUGAACAUCAUCUAAAGCUGGAGAAGUAUGAUAGUGUACGAGACGCAAGGAAGCAGUGCGAGGCGUGUGUCCUUCCUAUCCACUUGCAUGAUUUCUACAAAUGUAUGCAAUGUGACUUUUUUCUCCACGUAGUGUGUGCUUGUCUACCUAAGAAAGUGGAUCAUGCAUUGCAUAAUCAUUCUAUCAUCCUCGACCCAUCUCCUCUACCCACUGAUGGUAAUCUGCAAUGUUCAGCUUGUUCUCGAACGUCCACUGGUUUCAAGUAUAAGUGCGCUGAAAAGAACUGCAAGAUUCAUUGGUUUAAGAUAGAUGUCCCUUGCUUUUUAGUUCCUGAGUAUAGCAUUGACAAAGUCCAUGAACAUCCUCUAUUCAUCGCUCCAUUCAAUUACGACUAUGAACCUUUUCGCUGCAAUGGUUGUAAGAGAGGUCUUACCAAGAAUCGUCUACAAUGUAGUACUCUUUGCGAGUACUCUAUUUGUUAUGAAUGCGCUACGAUUCCAAGUGAGUUACACUAUAAAUACGAUAAACAUCCUCUCACUCUUUGCUAUGGAGAAGACACGGACGACAAGUAUUGGUGUGAAGAAUGCGAAAAGGAAGUGAAUACGUCAGAAUGGUUCUACACGUGCAACGAAUGUUGCACCACUAUUCAUCGGAAUUGCUUAUUCGGAUUCCACGUUUAUCUGAAGCCUGGUAACACUUUCAAAUAUCAUAAUCGAAGAAUGGUGGAAGUUCUUGACAACAAGAGCAGCACCCGACCGGUUUGCAGCCGUUGUGAGGAUCGCUGUCAGGGUUCCAUUUACUUCAAAGUCGAUGUGAGGAAUGUUUGUGCUUCGUGUCUUUUAAAAUGUUUAUAGAAAAUUAGUUUCCUUUUUUUUGUUGAGCUCGUUUACC